AUGGAGGGAGUGGCCGGAACAUCCGGGGCCACAAUCACAGACGUAGAUUCAGAGUCGAGCGGAAGUGUCUCUUCCGUCCGGAGCAGGAGAGCUCCUGGAGGAGGCAUUCCCGCUCGAUUGACAGUGUGUCACUUCACUAGUGACACUGACGAGCCGGCGCCGAAAGACACUAGCAACCGACGGCCGAGGGAGAGGGCGUCCUCCCUCGGGCCGACGCGGACGAGGACCGCCCGUCCUAAGGAGGACCUUAGAGUGCGGGCAGAUUGUGCGGGCAAUCGUAAGGAAAUCGGGCAAUCUGAAGGGAACUUCACAGAAGGCCUAAACCGGGUGCUCAACCUCAUCAUCCGGUACGUGGAGCAGCCCGAGUCUGCCGCGAUAGCCCGCCUCGACGAGGAAAGAAAAAAGGCUAAGGAGGAAAGCGCCCGCCUCGAAGCUACCGUCAAAGGGCUGCAAGAAGAGAACGCCUCGCUCCGCCGCAGGCUAGAGUCCAGGCCAGGGGUGGAGUCGGCCCUGAUGGGGCCAGCCCAUAGGCCCACUCUGGCCCACGAAAGAAAGGCCGCCCCCGGGGACACGCAGCUCCCUGUGACGAGCGGCUUCGUAGGAGGGGCGCCUAACAACGGCAAACCGGCGAAGAACAAGGGGAAGGGGAAGGCGAAAGGACCAGCCGAACCAGCUCCGCCCCUCUCCGCUCCUGCGACUGGGCCCUCUAGCGCGCCGCCAACCGCUGUCCCUGGUCCUUCCAGGGCCCCGGCAAAACCCGGGGGAAAGAAGAAACAGACGAAGAAGGACACGCCAGCACAAGCCGCUCCGGAGCCCCGCCCGCUGCCGCCGGCUCCGACCUCGAUGGAAACGCCGUGGGUCGUGGUGGCCAAAAGAACAAGAAAGAAGGAAAGGCCCGCUCCGACAUCAGCGGCAAACACGCAACCGCCACAAUCAACACGUCGGGCGGAGCCAAAACUGCGGCCACCACGCUCUGCGGCCGUAAUAAUAUCUCUUACACCGGCGGCGGUGGCGAAAGGCAUGACGUAUAAGGGCGUGCUGACAGACGCACAGAACCGGGUAGACCUCACCGGCCUGGACAUUACCAGGCUGAGACCGAAGUUUGCGGCCACGGGCGCCCCAAUGUACGAGGUGCCCGGGGCUAACUCAGAAGAGGGCCGACUCCCUCGCCGCAAGGCUGAGGGAGUGUUUCGCAGGGUCGGAAGAUAUCAGAAUCUCCCGGCCCACGAAGACCAAGUUGCCUUCUUCGGUUUCCGGCCGGAGGCGGUGGUCGAAGGGUGCAAGCCCAACGACGAAGACGUAGCGAAGGAGAUAACGGGCGCGAUGCCCAUGGAGGUGGCAGCCGAAUUCGCGCGGCCUUUGAGCCUGGACACGGACUCGAGCGAGUGGCUCUACCCUCAGUCGACCAGCGACACCGACGAACCGGCGCCGAAGACGCAGGCGAUCGACGGCAGAAUGAGGGACGUCCGCCCUCAGUGGGCAAGUACGUCGGCCUCAAGAAAGCGCAGUUGGAGCGUGACAGGCUUCAACGGGAAGCCGCGCGGAAGACGCAGAGAGGAGCUGGAGGACCAGCUGCAAUUUAUCAAGUCGCCGGUCCCCAGAGUAUCAGACACCGAAGAGGACCGUCCAAUACUCAAGGAAGACCUCCAAGCGCUUAACUGGGUCACGGACAAGAUCGUGAAGUACGUGGAACAGCCUGAGUCCGCUGUCAUCGCGCUCGAGGGAAAUAAAGUGGCAGGAACACAGUGCCCGUCUUGA